UACGUCUUAGUCAGAUUCAAACGUCCCGUCGUGCUUCUAAAAUGCCAUCGAAACUCGAGGAUUACGAAGUGAUUAAUACAAUCGGGAGCGGUUCGUACGGCACUUGCAAGAAGAUCAGACGUAAAUCCGACGGCAAGGUAUUGGUUUGGAAAGAAUUGAACUAUGGCGAUAUGACAGAAGACGAGAAGCAGAUGCUCGUGUCGGAAGUCAACGUGUUGAGGGAGUUGAAACAUGAACACAUAGUGCGCUACUAUGAUCGCAUUAUCGAUCGCAGAAACACUAUUCUAUAUCUUGUCAUGGAAUAUUGUGAAGGAGGCGAUUUGUCCACACUGAUUUCUAGGUGUCGCAGAGACAGGAAAUAUUUGGAAGAAGAUUUUGUGUGGAGAGUGUUUUUCCAAUUGUCAUUAGCACUGAAGGAGUGUCAUAAGCGUCGAUCACGCGGUUCCAUUCUUCAUCGAGAUCUGAAGCCAGCGAAUGUGUUUCUUGAUGACAAACACAAUGUGAAGCUUGGUGACUUUGGGUUAGCCAGGGUUUUGGCUCACAGCAACAGUUUUGCCAGAACAUUUGUUGGAACACCAUACUACAUGUCACCAGAACAGAUCAGCGAGCUUGCCUACAAUGAAAAAUCCGAUAUUUGGUCUCUUGGGUGUUUGUUGUAUGAACUCUGCACUCUUGUACCACCAUUUAAUGCAGUCAACCAGAAGGCUCUUGCUGUGAAAAUACGUGAUGGACAAUUCAGACGAUUGCCAUCUCACUUUUCAAAUGAGCUAAGUCAUUGUAUUACUAACAUGCUUCAAGUGCAGCGUGAGAAACGCCCUAGUAUUGAGGACUUAUUGAAGACAGCAAGCUUAUCAAGUAGACUGUUUAGUCUGGAACACAGCAAAGAACAGGAGUUGCUGCAGAGGAAGAAAGAGCAGUUGACAGAAUGGGAAACAGCUCUCAAGCAAAGAGAAGAACUUCUAAAUAUCAGGGAAGCUGCAUUAGUAGAGAGAGAGCAAUUGCUGAAACUGACAGAAGAGAGACUACAACGACCAGCAGAACUUGCAAAGCCAAAGCCAGCAUUUGAAAUCUAUGUCAAAGCUGCUACUGAUUCAAGGGCAUCACCUACGGUUUUGAAGGAGGUCAAUAUACCUAAAAUGAAAGAAAAUGAUACAAAUCAAGCAAACAAGAAAAAAGUUACUUUUUGUGUUGGACCUACUAAACACAGCAGAUUGUCAGAGAAUCAAGUCUUACCAGUUGCUAAUCAAGAUCAAGCUAGUGUGAAAUCUUUGGCGCCACUGAAUGUUCCAGUUGUUGCUCCGAUUAGAGAAAGAAAGGGUCUAAGAUGCUAGACUAGCUCACUUGCUUCUCAGAAUCUGUAUGAUACAGGUAAUAAUUAAAGACCGAGUUAAAUAUAUAUAGACACAUAUGACAGAACAGUGUAAUUAUAGUUGCAACAGUUGGAUUGACAUGUAAUAAUGCAUCUAACUUCCCCUUUUCUUGGGACAAUGUCA